GGCAGCAGCGUCGUAGUUUGGUGGCUGCUCCCUGGAGGGGAGGAGGGCUAGGACGCCCCUGCAGUUCGGUCCCAGAGUGGAGGGGACGGUCUGGAAGCCUGUGGAGCCUGGCGAGGACCGCGGGAGGCGUGUUCCUCUGGAGUUUGCUUUUGCUUGGGAGACUCGCGCGCACACCCAUUCCUCUGGCCUGGCGACUGUGCCGGGGAGGUGGAGAGCCACUCUGGUCCACCGAAUCGUUGCCGGAGGUUGGAAGCUGGCCGAGAUCUCCCCCAAAGGAGUCAGGCCCUGCCGGGGAAGUUUCCCCAAGUCGACGCAGUGCUGCGGCCCCGGCCACCCGUCACCCUGCGCGCCACCCUUGUUCUCCCACUCCGGCUCCGUCUGGCCCAGGCGCGGACCUGGCGCUGCUUGCGACCAUACAAGAAGAUUCAAGGUGAAGAAAGGUGUAAAAACAACUUAGGACUUUUUUUUCAAAUCCACACUAAGAUGGAUACUUUUUGCCUCACGACAUCCCUUUGGCUAGCCCUGGUGGGAGGAGUAAUCAGUGACAAUCCUGAGAGACACAGCACGAACCUAAGCAGUCAAGCGGGGGACUUCACCCCUUAUCCGGGGACAGAGCUGAGCUUCCUGGGAACCACUCAUCGGCCUACGAAUUUGGCCCUGCCCAGCAAUGGCUCAGUGCGUAGCUAUUGCCCACAGCAGACUAAAAUCACGACAGCUUUCAAAUACAUUAACACUGUGAUAUCCUGCACCAUCUUCAUCGUGGGAAUGGUGGGGAACGCAACCCUGCUUAGGAUCAUUUACCAGAAUAAGUGCAUGAGGAAUGGCCCCAAUGCACUCAUAGCCAGCCUGGCCCUAGGAGACCUGAUCUACGUCGUCAUUGAUCUCCCCAUCAAUGUGUUUAAGCUGUUGGCGGGGCGCUGGCCUUCUGAUCACAACGAUUUUGGAGUAUUUCUCUGCAAGCUGUUCCCCUUCCUGCAGAAGUCCUCCGUCGGCAUCACCGUCUUGAAUCUCUGCGCCCUCAGUGUCGACAGGUACAGAGCAGUGGCCUCGUGGAGUCGUGUUCAAGGAAUCGGGAUCCCCUUGAUUACCGCCAUUGAAAUUGUCUCCAUCUGGGUCCUUUCCUUUAUCCUGGCCAUCCCAGAGGCCAUCGGCUUCGUCAUGGUACCGUUCGAAUACCGGGGUGAGCAGUAUCGAACCUGCAUGCUCAACGCCACGACCAAGUUCAUGGAGUUUUACCAAGACGUGAAGGACUGGUGGCUCUUCGGCUUCUACUUCUGCAUGCCUCUGGUGUGCACGGCCAUCUUCUACACCCUCAUGACCUGUGAGAUGCUCAACAGGAGGAAUGGCAGCUUGCGGAUUGCCCUCAGCGAACACCUCAAGCAGCGUCGAGAAGUGGCGAAGACCGUCUUCUGUCUGGUGGUCAUCUUUGCGCUCUGCUGGUUCCCUCUUCACUUAAGCCGCAUUUUGAAGAAGACUGUGUAUGACGAGAUGGAAACGAAUCGGUGUGAACUGCUCAGCUUCUUGUUGCUCAUGGAUUACAUCGGUAUCAACUUGGCAACCAUGAAUUCUUGCAUAAACCCAAUAGCUCUGUAUUUUGUGAGCAAGAAAUUCAAAAAUUGUUUCCAGUCAUGUCUCUGCUGCUGCUGUCACCAGUCCAAAAGCCUCAUGACCUCGGUCCCCAUGAACGGAACAAGCAUCCAGUGGAAGAAUCACGACCAGAACAACCACAACACAGAAAGGAGCAGCCACAAGGACAGCAUCAACUAGAUGAACUAGCCCUCUGCAGAUUCACCAAUCACUAUGUCUUCAAGUCCUGGCGGGGGAAAUGGAUACAUAGCCGCAGGCCUCCCUAAAGCUCCCAAAUUCAUUCCCCCGGUCCUUCUCUAAUCCAACCCAAGAAAAGAAAAGCUCUCCUGCCCUCCCAACAGCAUGUGGUAGAACGGCUUCCAACCAUAGUCAAUGGGUCUGUCCUAAGAUUUGAGUAUUUUGCAUGUCAUAUCCAACACUUGAAAAUUAUGAGAGCCGAGGGAGAAAGGAGAUCACUCAAGGAACCCAUACAAUAUCUGCCAUCUUUGCAGGAACACAGAGUUUGAAAAUUCAACCAGCUUUCAGGCAGUUCUAUGGGGCAGCUAGUGAGAACACUCAGCAGAAGACCCUAGAGCAGUGGUUCUCAACCUUCCUAAUGCUGCAACCCUAUAAGACAGCUCCUCAGAUUGUGGUGACCUCCAACCAUAAAUCGGUUUUGUUUGUAUUUCAUAACUGUAAUUUUGCUACUGUUAUGAAUCAGAAUGUAAAUAUUUGAUAUUUCUUAUGAUCUUGGGUGACCCCUCUGAAGGGACCAUUUGACCUCCAAAAAGGUCUGACCCACAGGUUGAGAACCAUGAUCUAGCGGUUCUACUGGGUUUAGUGGCACAUGCCUGUAAUCAUAGAACUGAAGAAGUGAGGCAAAGGCAAUCAGGAGUUUGAGGUUAGUCACAUCAUCAUGGUUCAUAAAAGCCUGGGCUAUAUAAUAUUCUGUGUCAGAAAUGCAGGUUUUAAAAAAACAUUUAGAGAUAAUGACAAGAUUUUUUUCUUUAGCCAGAAGUACUGUGAGGCUAAAGUACUUUGGAGAUGUCGUUCAGUAUUAGUGUUUUAUAUCUGCAUGGACCCUGGAAAUGAUUGCCCCAUCUUAUUUACACACACUUAGAAGAAGAUAAGGAUGAGGGGAUGGCAUCGGUGAGCAAUGGGGAUAUCUCUGUGUCGCUGUUUACUUGUAAACGUGACUUCUAAAGCUGCCACAAAUGCAGCCGGAGCCUGAGACCACCGGAGCAGUGGAGUAGCUGCUAAACAAAGAAUUUUUAAGACCUUGUAUUUUCUUUUCUGUUUUCUUUUUUUAAUGAUGUUUUUAUUAGAGCAUAUUUGGAUUUGGUUUUGUUUAAAUUUUGAGACAGGACUUCACUAAGUACAUCAAGCUAGUCCCUGAACUCACAGAUACCCACCUGUUGCUGCCUCCCAAGUGCUGGAAUUAAUGGCGUGUGCCAUUACAUCUGGCAUGAGCUUAUUUUGUGUUAAAUUGAAAAUAAUAACACUUGGGAGCUGGGCAAGAUGGCACAUGUGACAAGCCUAAGGCUCUUAACACAUGGGAGGCUGAGGCAGGAGGACUAUGAGUCUCCUACUCCCACUCACAGUGGGAGGGAUUCCACCUCAAAAUAAUAGCUAUUAAUAAUGAUACUGAGAUCUUCCAGUUCAAGUUCUCAUAACCCAUCUUUGAUUUUGAUGUGAAAGCAUGUCCUAAAGCUAAAGUGAAUCCCUGGAGUGUGCCUGAGAUGCCCAGUGCCAUGCCAGAAGCACACCUAGGAGGAAAAUGCUGAGUGGUUUUUGAGGACCUGAAAAUCUCUUAAGUUCUGCGGUAGCAGCAUGUAUAUGAUGUGUGCUCAGUUUCUUCCACAGCGAUGACUGGCUGCAAGGCUUUCCUGCUCAUUCCUUUUUCCAGACAGGGAACAAUGUCAUAGUGGCCAAAGGAGCUGAUCGUGUCGAGUGAAAUGUAUUAUACCUGCGUGAGCCUUUAACUCUUCGUUCCUCUGAUAUAAACUUCAAUCUCUGUCCUGUCCCCAGAUUCCCAGCGGUCACCAUUUCAAAGGGCCCACAGUAAUUCUACUGGGCAUUUUCCCAGAUGUUUACAGACUGUGAGAAUGACAAAUAUCUUUUAUUCUGUAUGUAUAUAAAUAUAUAAAUGAUUGUAAAUUUCUUGUAGACAAAUUUUCUGUGAUAGUCUCUAUGGAAUGUCUGUGAGUAUGAGCGCGUGUGUGUGUGUGUGUGUGGUGUUUAAGUACGUAUGGAUUUAAUAUAAUCUUAGGAUGCCUUGUGUUUGGACCAAAGCACAUGACUGGGAGUGGAUUCUAGCUGACUGUUCAUUAUAUAACCCACAUAUAACACAUAAUGUUCUUAUGGGUCAGCUUUUGCCCAUAAGAACCUCAAGUGUUCCAUACUUGUGACUCGGUCACCAUUACAGAUGGUGGAUGGCAUCAUACAAGGGAAUGAGUGAUUGGCUAGCAGUUGGAGAUUUUGUUAGGUUAGAUGGCUUGAAAAAGCAGUAUUUGGGGCUAUAGAGUUGUCCAUGCCGGAGCAAAGUGUUUUGUAGUUCUAAGUAUUAUAAUUCUCUCUUUAUUUCCUUGAGUGUCUUUUUGUUUGGGGUGUGUGUGUGUGUGUGUGUGUGUGUGUGUGUGUGUGGUUACUUUUUGUACUGGGAAUUAAGCCCAUGACCUCACAUAUGACCUCACAUAUGCUAGGCAAGAGUUCUACCAGUGAGCUACAUCCCCAGCCCAGAAUUACUUUGUUAUAAUCCUCAACUGUGGUACAACUGAAAGGCUGCCUGGAGUUUCUGCCAUACGCUUGGUUUAUAGAUAGAUUGUUGGUGGAAAACUAGCUAUGUUGGCUUGUGUCGUAUUUUAUUACAGUCACCACAUCAGGUUGUUUGAACUGCAGGGCUGAGACAUACUGCCCCUCUGUGUGGUAGUAGCCAAGUCCCAUUGCACCACCGGAGUGUCACACACCUGUACAUGCCUAUAAUUAGAUAUAGAUGCACACAGUUUUGUUUAUUAGACCAUUGUCUUUUUAAAGAUGCUUUUUUACAUAUAAAAUACAUUUUUUAAAUCCAGAACAUCUUAGAUAUGAAUACACAGGCUUCGGUGUGCAUUUUGUUCUUGGACUGAUAACUUUGGUUCACACAUACAAACGGUUCUAUUUUCUACCUUUAUCAUAUUUCCAACAAAUUACUUUGUAGAAAUGAGCCAGAAGCUAAGGGCCUGGGUUGGUAGUGUCCCUUAAACAGAAAAUAAAGGUUUACAAAAACAUUGCAA